AUGAUUCCGACUCCACGGCAACGUCCAAGACAACGCGAAACUUCGGACGAUGGUUUGACCAAGGAUCAUCUGUCCAGUGGCACUACUGCCGUAGAUCCAGUUUCCAGCAGUAAGGGGCUCAAGUCUCCUACUAUAUCGGUCGAGAAACUAGGUGUGACAACCCUACGAGACGACAACAUUAGUAGCUCGAGUGGCCACCAAGAAGUAGCGACGCCCUCCAAAGACGAGAAACCCCUUACGUCGUCCUCCAAAAGCAGCAAUGUCAAUUGCAUUCCCGAAGAACGACGGAAAAAAUUGGAAAAGGGACUUCAUACGGUCCAAAAUCGUGUACCGGGAGCCAAGAAAAUGAUGGACCUGGUCAAUAUGCUCCCACCACGAGUCAGAAUGGUCAUACUCUCCCUCUGGCUGCUCUGGAAAGUCGUCUUGUUCGUCAUCUUUUUGCAUGUGCUGCUCUUUACUUCGUCCCAAUUGACCACGGAUUCGUCACAAGACGCUGUCAGCAGUGGUUCCACCAGUCGAUUGACACGAGAAGUUUCCGACACUAAUAGCAACAACAAUCCACGCAUUCUCUACAUUAUCACGACACUGGCCGAAUUCAACAAUGGUUUGCGACAAACCGUCAAGGGACAGGAUCGAUUGGGAGAAGUACUCAUUCCAAUCAUGGUCGAUUCCGUAGAAUCCAUGGUACACGAACCAUUCAAUUACCAUGUCGAUGUCUUUAUCAUUGCGGCAUAUCAACUCAAAAAGGAUCGAGAAGACUACAUUCGAUCCAGGCUGCCCGACGGAGUGGGAUUGGAAGUAUGGGAUGAUGCAUGUCCCUUGGGAUACGAAGCCAAACACAGUGAAGACGCUGUCAUUGACAAUACUCGUGCAUUGGCUAGACAACAUCGAUACGUCAUCAAGGACAAACUCAUGCAUUACGACCUAUUUGUGGCUUUCGAAGAUGACAUGAGGAUAACCGGGGAUCACGUUGCUCACUUUAUGAACAUGUCCAAGGAAAUUGAAAAACUGCGCAUCGAGGCCCCGCAAACGGUGCCCAAUCAACUGCCCGUCAAAACGGACCCCAAAGAACAAAACUACCAUGGACCCCUCACCCAGGGACAAAUGAACCGACUCAUUCCGGGAUUCAUCCGUGUCGAAGCAUUGGUGGAUGAAGCACAGUAUGGAGCCCAAACCACACUGGCCAAUAUCGACAGGGAUUUCAUGUACGAUGUGGUGACAGAACAGGGGCAAGUCCAACCAAAGGAAAUACACUUUAAUUCUCGAAUAUGCUGUCAUGUACAAAUGAAACCCAACAAAAACACUCCCGUUCAUCCUCCUCCACAAGAUAUCAUCAUAUGGGAAACAAACAUCAAGGCGCUCAGUGCGCUCAAAAUGCCCACACCAAAGGUGGGAAAACCAUCCGAUUUAGUCGACUGGGUCGGUGUUCUGCCGGGGCCUGGGAAGCGAAUGGACGUGGAACUAUUGAUUGGUGGAUACUGGAGUGGCCGAGAUGGAGCAUUUGGUGACGAAGAGAAACCAGGAGGUGGAAGACCCGACAUUAUCGCACAGCAGGGAGGAUGGAUGGCCACGCGGCAACAAAUACUGCGCAUGAACAAUGAUGGUCUUUGCAUGGGCAGUUUCAUACCGCCCUUUGACCCACCCAUGUACCGAAACGACGGUCAGGAAUCCUUCAAUGUCGAAUUCUGGUCCGGUGGAUACCAACUAUUCACGGGAGUCAGAGGUGGCUGCAAUAUGCAGAGAAUUUUCAGCUUGCAUCCGGAUUACGCUUCCAAUCAUUUCAUCUAUCAUGUUGCCAACAAUAAGCAAAAACAGCUGAAUCAAGAGCGAAUGCUGCGAGCAGACAAUCUGCUGGGGCAACUAAACACGGUGCGAAAGGCGGCCGAGAGGGCGCUGGUCAAAGAAACUGGAGGAAAGAGAUAA